UUAUUUUUACAGAUUUCGUUAAUGACAUGGCAUGGCAGCCAGAUUGAAAGGGAAGUUAGGAGUUCAUAAUGAAGCAGAUAAGUUUGUUGUCAAUUUGAGAUAUAGAACAUGUAAUUGUAGAUUUGGGAUGUUAAUCCGGCUGCCUUGUCAGUAACGAUUUGGGGUGCAAAACCAGAAAAUGAGAAUUGUACUACAUUUUUUAAACUUUAAAGUGCAAUUUGAUAUUUCAUUUUCAUGUAUUCUAUUUUUAUGAAAAAGACUUAAUUACUAUAUUGGGCGUGAGCUUAGGUAGAACAAUAUUAAGUACAACGGUGGGAUGAAGGGGAAGAUGGAUGAAUUAGAGUUGGAGCUAUCGAAGAUAGUAGGACUACACGAGCUGAAGCUGCAGCUUCGAAAAUGGGCCAAGGGCAUGCUCUUGGACGAGAAGCGCCGUGCCACGGGCGUAGACCUCGGCCCCAGGAAACCGCCUCACAUGGCCUUCCUUGGAAACCCCGGGACAGGCAAGACUACAGUUGCAAGAAUCCUAGGAAAGCUACUCUGUUGUGUUGGUGUUCUGUCUUCUGAUAAGGUAACGGAGGUGCAACGAACGGAUUUAGUCGGGGAAUAUAUCGGCGAAACUGGUCCAAAGACUAGGGAAAAGAUUGAAGAAGCAAUGGGUGGGAUUUUGUUUGUGGACGAAGCAUAUCGUCUAGCUUCAGACAUAAAUUAUGACUUCGGCAAGGAAGCACUGGAAGAGAUCAUGUCAAUGUUGGAGGAUGGCCAUCUACUUGUGAUCUUCGCGGGCUACACGAACCCCAUGAAGGGCGUCUUCUCUUGCAACGAAGGCUUCUGCAGGCGGGUAACUCACUUCUUCCAGUUCGAUGAUUUCAGCUGUAGGGAGCUCGCGGAGAUGCUGCUGCUGAAGAUGAGCAAGCAGGAUAAGAAGAGCCGGUUGUGCGGGUUUAAGCUCGAUUCCUGCUGCAGUCUUGAUGCUGUGGAGUCGGUUAUAGAGAGGAAGUCGAGCGAGGUGGAUCAUAUGCUCAACAAUGCCAGAGAGAAUCUUAAUUCUAGGGUCAGCUUUGAGGCCGAAGGCGACGAGCUGUUGACCAUCACGUUGAGCGAUUUGGAGGCCGGCCUCGAGCAGCUGGUGCGGCGGUUGUGUUGAUGAGGAAUAGAAGAUUAAGGUUGUUGAUGGAGGAAGU